GGGAGGAGGGGGAGGAGUGUGACUGUGCAAUUACGUGGGUGAAAAAAGUUGGGUCUGAUUUGCUGGAAUCGCGCAGGACCGAGGGCGCACCGGUCGAUUUCAUAUCAAGUUUGGUUAAAGCAGGGGUGAACAUCCCACACUCGGCGCCCUCUGAAGCUCCCCGUAAUGCUUUCAUGAGAUAACGCCGCACAGAGACGCGCGCAGAGCCCCGUGCAGUUCAGGAGUACAGCAGCGGCAGCCUCGUUUCGCACACCGGCUCUACGAGUACAGUCCGUGCAUGUCAACUUAAAAACAGAGAAUAAAAAAAUCGCCUGCAGAAAAUCUGUCUUUGUCUGCGGUGAAGACAAUCUCUGGAUUUGCAGAAAUUCAUGGAUGUUAUUGGAUAAUUACUUUUGGUUUUUACGCGGAUCCACAGAGUCUCUCAUAGCGCACAGCGGAUCCAGGAAUGGCGCGAUAAAGUGAUCUGAGGAAUCGCUCCAAGUACAGUCACUUUCUGUGUAGCCGUCUCGUCAUGUAUUCCCCGAUUUGUCUAACUCAGGAUGAGUUUCAUCCCUUCAUCGAGGCACUUCUUCCUCACGUCCGCGCCAUCGCCUACACGUGGUUCAACCUCCAGGCCAGAAAACGCAAGUACUUCAAGAAGCACGAGAAGCGGAUGUCCAAGGACGAGGAGCGCGCGGUGAAGGAUGAGCUUCUGAGCGAGAAGCCCGAGGUUAAGCAGAAAUGGGCAUCCAGGCUGCUAGCCAAGCUGCGUAAGGACAUUCGGCAGGAGUACCGGGAGGACUUUGUCCUCAGCGUGACGGGCAAGAAGCCCCCUUGCUGCGUGCUAUCCAACCCGGACCAAAAGGGCAAGAUACGACGAAUCGACUGUUUGCGGCAGGCCGACAAAGUAUGGCGUCUGGACCUGGUGAUGGUCAUCCUCUUCAAAGGCAUCCCUCUGGAAAGUACAGAUGGCGAGCGCCUCGUCAAGUCUCCACAUUGCACCAACCCAGCACUUUGUGUCCAGCCACACCACAUAACAGUAUCAGUCAAGGAGCUGGACUUGUUUCUAGCAUACUAUGUCCAGGACCAAGACUCUCAGCAGUCAGGAAGUCCAAGUAACAAUGAGCCAGGCAAGAACCCUCUUCCAGUGUAUUUGGAAGACAGUUUCAUCAAAUCAGGAGUCUUCAGUGUUGCAGAACUAGUGCGAGUGUCCAGAAUGCCCAUUACCCACGGUGCAACAGUAAACUUCUCCAUGGCGGACAUGCCCAGCCAACCUUACUAUCAUGACCUGAACUCCAGCGUGGGGCUGCAUCGCCCCCUGUCCUCCCCUCCUGGCAGCAAAAGGCCCAAAACCGUCAACAUGGAGGAGAACAUGGACACCAGCCCGACGGGACCCGACUUCUACUCGUCACCCAGCCCGCCAAACAGUCAGGCAAACUGGCGCGACAGAGACGGAGACAUGUCCUCUCCUACGAUGAAGAAGCCAGAGAAGCCGCUGUUCAGCCCGACCUCUCCGCAGGACUCCUCACCACGACUCAGCACUUUCCCUCAGCCUCAUCACCCAGGCCUAACAAGUGUAGGACACAGUGUUAUAUCGGCGAGGAGCCCCCCUCCACACUCGCCGCUGCAGUUCUCGGCCUCGGCUAUCUUGCCCCCGACGGCGUCGUCCUACUUCUCGCACCCCACCAUCCGCUACCCGCCUCAUCUCAACCCUGCUGAUUCCCUCAAGAGCUACGUGCCGUCAUAUGACCCGUCCAGCCCGCAGAGCAGCCAGCCUAACAGCAGUGGUCAGGUUGUUGGAAAGGUCCCAGGCCACUUCACCCCAGUUUUGGCUCCCUCCCCACACCACGGCGCUGUGCGACCUGUCUCGCUUUCCAUGCCAGACACCAAGCCCAUCACCACAUCAACAGAAGGCUACUCAUCGCCUGGCACGCCAACAGCUAAUCGUUUUGUGAGCCUAAACCCUAGAGAUCCCACCUUCCUGCACCAGCAACAGCUGAGGAAGUGUGACUGGAGCGUGACUCAAAACGGCAGGCAUUAUGGCCCCAGUGCCACUGACGACACUUUGGGGAUUACUUGGCAAAGUCCUGGUACCUGGGCGAGCUUAGUUCCAUUCCAAGUGUCGAACGGGACUCCGAUUCUGCCAACAAAUGUCCACCAGAACUACAGCAUAAACAUCAUUGGUGAGCCCCUGGUCCCCGCCGAGACAGGGAACUGAUCACACAGAGGCCGGAUGACCCCCAGGGUGGAUAGAUGGGUGGGGGCGUUGGUAGUGCGGAGCUAGCACUACAGGUGUCCACAGUCAUGGAUGAAACCAGCAAAGCAGCAAGCGCUGCAUAACCCUCUCUACUAUCCCCCCCCAACCCUCAUCCCAGCCCCUCCUUGUUCCCUCCCCACUCCCGUCCCUCCCAAUGAUGGACACUGGCCCUGAAGUGAAGAUGAGGGUUCGUUCAGAGGAAAGAAGAAAAAAAAAAAAACCAAGAAGCUUCAGGUCUGCUGUCUCCUCACCCCGGCCCACACACACACAAACACACACACCUACCACCCACCAGUCAGUUGUUGUGUGUUGCAGAACUUUGCAAUCCAUUCAGAUACUGUGAUGUAUAGAUGCCUUAAUGUUUUAUUGCAUGACACUCUAGUCUCUUAGCGGCGAUUCCUAUUAUUUUUCCAUGUUGGAGGAAGAUGUAAAAUCUAGAUUUACAAACACACCCACACACACACGCAUAAGUGAGGGGGUCUGCAUAUUUGACAACCUCUGCCUGGUGGAUGGCUCAGAGACUCUAAGCUCUCCAACUGAGACCUCUUGAGAAGAGGCUUUCCCGCAUCAAACGAUUCACUGUGUGCACCAUAGGAACAAAAACUUGUGAAUUCAGAGUGUUUCUUCUUCCAUUUGAUUUCAGUUUACUGUGAUACGACUCUUUGUUCAGAAAAAUGUGUUGACUUUGUUUAUUCUUUACUGCUACUUACUUCAUGAAUUAAUGUAAACACUUAGGCCCCUUUCAGACAUGGCUUCACGGGUUUGUCAAAGCGAUUAAGACACCGGUAACUCUUACGUGAACGCUCCUCACGGCAGCGCCGCAGACAGCCUCGGUAUGUGCAAAAGGCUUGCUGCAUUUGUGGCCGCAAGAUGUGCCCGGCGAUAUUUAAUUCUCUUCGCCGCCACAGACCCUGUUCACAGGAGACAUUUCCACAUGACAGGAUGAUGGCUCAGUUUUCAUUAAGUGUCCCAGUAAGUCAUGGCAAGCUGGUCAGUGAGCAAGCAAACGCAACAGCAGGACUUCCCCGACCUUUUUACUUGGUCUGAGCCAGCAGCAUCUCUGAGAUGGGCACAGGAUGUUCUUCAGUGGCAACGCUGGACGCCAAAAGCAAACCCUCCUGGCUGAAAGGGCAACAAAGUCUGCACAAGUUAGGAUGGGUGCUGGUGGGGUAAACUGCCAUCAUCUGGAGCGUCAUCCAACAUCCAGACAGAUAGCAGUUCCUGUCCUGUGGGACAUGUUUUGGCUAAAAACCGCACCAGUUCACAGCUUUCCAAUUGAAAAGUGAUGGUUAAGAGGUUACCUAGAGCGUUAAGUGGUGACACCAGUGGGUCGUCACAGAACAUCUGCAUGUUGCACCCUUUCCUGCUUUGAUAUGUUAAAAUAUCUGCUGUGAAAACAGUGAAAACGCCCUCUUCUGUACGGUAAACUUGUGCAUGCCUGUCCGUCAGUACGACUGAGACCUGCGCCGUGUCGAAAGCUGCCCGUAAAUGUUAAGAUGCUGUCAGAUUAAUGGAGAGGAGUGCAUGUCUGAAAGGGGCUUUAUGGGUAAAGGUUGAGAACUCUAAAUGCAGUUUUCAAAACAACACUAAAUGCUAGGCUUGAGAUUGGACCCCUCACGAAAGAAUUAGCAUCUCCUUUAAAAAAAGGAAUAUAAAAAAAAAAAAAAAAUGCGACAGAGGCAAGUGCAAUUGAAUUUUUGAAGGGAAGCUAUCAGUCUGUCAGCCCUAAGACUCUAAAGGAAGGGGGAUAAAUAUGAAAUGUUUUAUGGGUAAAAUGUUUGAGAAACAUCUGAAUUUGAUUUCAGUCACGAUAUCCGUCUCCUCGCGUGGAAAAAAGUAAAAAAAAAUUAAGUAAAAACAUUAAGUAGGAAAGGCAGUUGAAGGCGAGCAUUAAAGCUACCUGUGCAGCGCUGAGCAAAACCAGCACUUAUUUUGAGCCCUUCCCAUCAUUAUGGGGAGAUUUUUUUUUUUUAUUUAUUUCAGAAAAAUCGUAAGUAACGAAAACGAGAUGCACAUAGUGCGCAUAAAUGUUCACGAUGAGAUCAAGAGCAUACGCAUUUGGCCAACAGCUUCUAAAGCUUAUGUUUACGGAAAAAAAGAAAAUAAGAAGUGUUAAUUCAUGGGAAAAUUUGUAUUAUUCAUGCAAAUGUAGCGUGGGCUUAUGGGUAAAGCUACAGUUUGUGCAAGGUUAACUCUAAAGUGGAAGAGGUUGAAAGCUGAAAUUCCGAAUCCAGGUGGUGGCAAAUCCCCGAAAUCAAGAAUUGCGCGUGGCGUGUUCACGGCCAUUGCCUCUCCAGUCCAGACAUAUUUAUAUACGAGGAAAAAAAAAAUCUCUCCAGUACUCUUAAUUUGCACGAUGACAUAUAGUCCACAUUACGUGCCUUGCCUUUGAAUAUAGAGACAUCACUACACUUGUUUUUUGCUGCAUUUAUCAUUAUAGAAAAAAAAAAUUAACAUUUUUAUGAUAAGAAUUGUUUUGUACUCUGAAUGAAAUUGUUGAUUUUUAACUUCAUGUACUACUCUAUGUCACAGUUACAUUGCAUAUCAAGGCUGUGUAUAGUUGCCGUUUUAAAGUUUGUAAUCAACCAGCAUUUUUUUGUUUGUUUGUUUGUUUGUUUUCAGUAUUUUGGUGGUUUUUCUAAUAACCUGUCAUCUUUUGUUUUCCUUUUUUUUUUUUUUUUUUUUUUUCUCAAUGCUCAUUUUGUUCAUCUUCCAGUUACUAUUGUGGAGGGUGGAAUUCAGAAUUAUGAAAAUUAUGCAAUACCAAGUUUUGCCUAUGUAGGUAGUGCUUAUAGAUGCGUCAAUUAUUAGAGGCUAGUUUGGAGAUAGAUAAUAUUGUAAUGCAUUUAUUUUGUUGAUAUCGUUGUUUGUCGUUGUUGUUGUUGAUG